GGACAGCGGUGUGUGAGUUGUGUGGCAUGUUAUCUGAAGAUUAGAAUUCCUUUUUGUCUGUUUUCCUCACUCACAAAUGAUGAAUCCCAACAACCCAUUUACAGAACUUUCAGCAGGGGGGUCUGGUGCAUCCCAGAAUCAGAACAGCUUCUCGUUUGGGCAGCCCUCUGUGUUUGGAAAUACAAGUGCAGAUCAGUCCACUCCAGUUUUUGGACAAAAUGCUACUGGCCAGUCUGCUCCUGCAUUUGGAAAUGCUUCUUCAGGCCAAGGUGCGCCUAUGUUUGGACAAUCCAUUACUGGUCAUUCUGCCAACAUGUUUGGUCAGACUACUACUAAUCAGUCCGCUUCCAUUUUUGGACAAAUAACUACUACAAAUCAGUCUACUCCUGCUUUUGGUACUAGUCAAGUUGCUACUGCUUUUGGUCAAGCUUCAUCUGGUCAGUUGCAGUCUGCUCCCACAUUUGGACAAAUUUCAACGGGUCAGACUGCUCCAGCAUUUGGUCAGGCUACUAUUGGAAAAUCUACAUCUGCCUUUGGACAGACUACCAAUGGACAAUCUGCUUCUAUGUUUGGACAGUCUGCUCCAUCAUUUAGACAAAGCUUGACUGGCCAGUCUGCUUCCCCCUUUGGACAAACCUCUGCCCUCUUUGGAGCGACUACUACAGGUCAGCCUACUUCUUUAUUUAGUCAGUCCAACACUACCCUCACAGUUUCCCCAUUCGGACAAGUUGCUACUAGUCAAUCUGCACCCCAAUUUGGACAGACUAUAUCUAACCAGUCUGCAACCUCCUUUGGACAGAUGUCUUCUAACCAGUCUGCGACUCCUUUUGGGCAGGCUGCAUCUAACCAGUCUACAACUCCCUUUGGGCAGGCUACAUCUAGCCAGUCUUCAGCCCCCUUUGGACUGGCUACAUCGAGUCAGUCGUCUGCCCCCUUUGGACAAGCUACAUCGAGCCAGUCUGCAGCCCCUUUUGGACAAGCUACAUCGAGCCAGUCUUCAGCCCCCUUUGGACAAGCUACAUCGCGCCAGUCUUCAGCCCCCUUUGGACAGGCUACAUCUAACCAGUCUCCAGCCCCCUUUGGACAGGCUACAUCUAACCAGUCUCCAGCCCCCUUUGGACAGGCUACAUCUAGCCAGUCUUCAGCCCCCUUUGGACAGGCUACAUCUAGCCAGUCUUCAGCCCCCUUUGGACAGGCUACAUCUAGCCAGUCUUCAGCCCCCUUUGGACAGGCUACAUCUAGCCAGUCUUCAGCCCCCUUUGGACAGGCUACAUCUAGCCAGUCUUCAGCCCCCUUUGGACAGGCUACAUCUAGCCAGUCUUCAGCCCUCUUUGGACAGGCUACAUCUAGCCAGUCUUCAGCCCCCUUUGGACAGGCUACAUCUAGCCAGUCUUCAGCCCCCUUUGGACAGGCUACAUCUAGCCAGUCUUCAGCCCCCUUUGGACAGGCUACAUCUAGCCAGUCUUCAGCCCCCUUUGGUCAGGCUACAUCUAGCCAGUCUUCAGCUCCCUUUGGACAGGCUACAUCUAGCCAGUCUUCAGCUCCCUAUGGACAGGCUACAUCCAGCCAGUCUUCAGCCCCCUUUGGACAGGCUACAUCCAGCCAGUCUUCAGCCCCCUUUGGACAGGCUACAUCCAGCCAGUCUUCAGCCCCCUUUGGACAGGCUACAUCCAGCCAGUCUUCAGCCCCCUUUGGACAGGCUACAUCCAGCCAGUCUUCAGCCCCCUUUGGACAGGCUACAUCCAGCCAGUCUUCAGCCCCCUUUGGACAGGCUACAUCCAGCCAGUCUUCAGCCCCCUUUGGACAGGCUACAUCCAGCCAGUCUUCAGCCCCCUUUGGACAGGCUACAUCCAGCCAGUCUUCAGCCCCCUUUGGACAGGCUACAUCCAGCCAGUCUUCAGCCCCCUUUGGACAGGCUACAUCCAGCCAGCCUUCAGCCCCCUUUGGACAGGCUACAUCCAGCCAGUCUUUAGCCCCCUUUGGACAGGCUACAUCCAGCCAGUCUUUAGCCCCCUUUGGACAGGCUACAUCCAGCCAGUCUUUAGCCCCCUUUGGACAGGCUACAUCCAGCCAGUCUUCAGCCCCCUUUGGACAGGCUACAUCCAGCCAGUCUUCAGCCCCCUUUGGACAGGCUACAUCCAGCCAGUCUUCAGCCCCCUUUGGACAGGCUACAUCCAGCCAGUCUUCAGCCCCCUUUGGACAGGCUACAUCCAGCCAGUCUUCAGCCCCCUUUGGACAGGCUACAUCCAGCCAGUCUUCAGCCCCCUUUGGACCAGCUGCAAGUAGCCAGUCUGUUCCUCUUUUUGGACAGACUGUAACUAGCCAGUCUGCUUCCCUCUUUGGACAGUCAGCUACCAGCAAGACUGCAACUUUGACUACACAACCUGCAUCCAUAUUUGGAAAACCUGCAUCCAUAUUUGGACAAGCCACCACUGAGUCUUCUACUACCUCUUCAAAUGACCGUGGUUUCGGAUUUGCAAAGUUAAAUGCUGCAGAGACUCAAUUUAGGCAAGUUACAUCUGGACAGAGAUUUGGAUUUGGGCAGGGAUCAUCUACAUUUGGACAACAACCUGGAAGCCAGUCAUCUGGCUUUGGGCAUGCUAAUUCUGGGCAGACUGGUGUUCAGUUAUCUUUUAAUCAGAGUGCUAGUGGAGUUGGACAGAGCAGUCCAGGGAAGGCUCCUCUCUUUGGAGAGACUUCUGGAAAUACUGUAUUUGGGCAGCAAACAUCUCACUUGGGGCAGUCUGUAAGUGAAACGCAUACACAGAUGAACACUGAAUCUGAUUCAACAGAUUCAAAAGUAUCUACCAGCACAACAUCAUCCACAUUUGCACAGAUGUCUAAUGUGCCUGGAUCAAAUUCAGAGAACCGAUUCAAGCCUCCUGCAAAUUCUACUUUCAAGCCAAUCUUUGGAGCAGUCAAUGUACCGGAAAAGUCUAAGAGCCAUGGUCCCACAUCUUUCACCUUCCAAAAUUUUGCUAAAAAUGAAUUGGGGAAUCAAAAAACAAAUGACGGUCACCAUGAUGCAGGCUCAUCAGGUGAAAUUAAAAGUGGUGGAAACUUCUCUUUUUCUUCAUUUGACAAGAGAAACAAGGAUGAAAUGGUAGCAUCACAGUCAACGUUGAAAAGUGUAGGAAGUAAUUUCAGCAGUUUUGUUAGCCCUAACACCAGUGAUGGGCAGUCACAGCUUUCAGAAAAUUUCAGGAAAGAAGAGUAUCAUAGAGGUUCCAAGAGGAAGGAAGGCCAGGAACUUUCCUCUGUUAAACAUGUACCCCCUUCUUCAGAAGAGUCAUCCUCCAUGCCACAAACUGAUCACCCUCCUGUGAAGAGGCAUGGCAGACUUGGACACCAACUCACUGGAGGUGCUAAUCUUUUGGUUAGAAGCCUGUAUGAUGUUGUAAAGAGUCACAUGAAGACUGAACAUAAAAAUACCAAAAAGGAAGAAUUAAGUACAAGCCAACAGCCUACAGAUUCAGAGUCUAAUAAUUCUUCACAGCCAGCCAAUCAGUCCAUGCACACUAAAGAUUUUCCUGCUUCUGGGUCUAUCCUGCAAACUACCAACAAAGUCCAACCUUCAACUGGCCCUGGCCAAACUGUUUCUGGUAAAAAUCAGAUAUCUGUUGGACCAAGCCAAACAAUACCUAGCCGAACAAUUUCUACUAUAGUUACAGGCAACCAAACCACUCCCAGAACUUAUUCUAUGGCACGAUCUAAUCAACCAGCACUUGGCAGACCUCAACCUCUGCUACAGAUAGAAGCAUCAUCUGAAGAAAUAACAGCUCUUUCUAAAAAGAUCCCAGUACGUAGAGCCCGGCGUUCAGAUAGUGAAGAGAGUGUGACUGCUUUGUCUCAAAAUGAACUGACUGCUAUCCAGGUUCGAAACGUCCCUAAGCGUCUGAAUCAAAAAAAGUAUCUUGAGAAAUAUUUCAGCAAGUUUGGAAAGGUGCAGCGUCUGUACUGCAGGCAAGGGAGCAACAUGGUGAUUGUUCAUUUCUUCAAUCACACAUCUGCAGUUCAUGCCAAGAAAAUGGGAGUAAAGCUGCAUAAGGAUGUAACCAUAUUUUGGCAUCGGAAGAAAAACAGUCCGAAUAAAAAGGAAUCUUCGUCCUCUAAGAAUACAAGUCUUGAAGACGAAAUGGAAGGUCAACAGAGCGAGGAAGAAAGCCCUUUGCUGACAUCACCUAUGAGCAGAUCCACAUUCCAAAACCUAACUGCUAGCAGAGGAUCUAAAGGAUCGCCAAACAAAAUGUCUAUGGUCUCAAAAACUCUUCAAUUUGACACUGAGAGCUCUGACCUCCAGGCGUCGACUCCUGAUACUACAGCAGCAUCGCUGCUACCUAUGCUCUCACAUCUUGUGGGGACUGUGGCAGAAACAUCAGAAGAGAAGUAUCGACUGCUGGACCAAAGAGACAGAAUCUUGAGACAGGCCCGAGUGAAACGAACAGAACUAGAUCAGGCUAAGGUAUUUGUGGGAACAUGUCCUGAUAUGUGUCCAGAGAAAGAACGAUACAUGAGGGACACGCGACAGCAGCUCAGCAUCUAUGAAUAUUUUCCAGGAACUGACAAGCUCGAUCAUGCAGCUACUAUCAAAGAGUAUAGUCGUUCCUCUGCUGAUCAGGAGGAACCUCUGCCUCAUGAGCUACGCCCAGCACAUGUUCUUAAUAUGACUAUGGAUUACCUGGUGACUCAGAUUAUGGAUCAAGGAGAGGACAAUUACCGGGAAUGGUAUGACUUUGUUUGGAACCGGACCCGUGGGAUCAGAAAGGACAUUACCCAGCAGCAUUUAUGUGAUCUGACGACUGUAACUCUGAUGGAGAAGUGCAUGCGUUUCCACAUACACUGUGCCUACCAACUGUGUGAGGAGCCCAUAUCCUCAUUUGAUCCAAAGAUCAACAAUGAAAACAUGACAAAAUGUUUGCAGAGCUUAAAGGAGAUGUACCAGGACCUAGAGAAUCGUGGGAUAUCCUGCCCUUGUGAGCCAGAGUUCAGAGGUUACAGUGUCCUGCUUAGCCUAAAUAAGGGAGACAUUCUCAGGGAGGUGCAGCAGUUUCAGCCUGUUGUCCGUAAUUCUGCAGACGUGAAAUUCGCAGUCCAAGUGUUUGCCGCAUUGAACAGUACAAACUUUGUCCGUUUCUUUAAGCUAGUUCAGUCGGCAUCUUAUCUGAGCAGUUGCAUCUUGCACGGUUACUUCAACCAGAUUCGGCGAGAGGGAUUGCGGGCCCUUAAUGUUGCAUAUACUCCAAGCAUCCAGAGACCCACUUCUUUCCCCAUGGAGAACAUAAUGCGUUUGCUCUUUUUCCACGACACUCAAGAGGCAGCGGAGUUCCUCAGUUUAUAUGGCCUGAGUUUGUUUGACGGGUACGUGGAGCUAAACCGUUUGGCAUUUGCUGAACCAGAGAUUCCACCUAAUCCUAAGAAGUGUUUGUUUAUCAACAACAAGUGUAACGUUUCAGUGGGAGAAAUAGUGAAUGGUGCACCUCUAGCACCAUACUUCAUUCAUCACCCCGUAUGCAGCUUUGAUGCUCAGAAUAAGUUUACAGGUGGAAUCAGCGUUGUGGAUCAGGAAAGAAGAGUUUGCCAAGAGACAGCUGAAACAAAUGUAGAAGUCAAAACUGCUGAGGCUGAAGAGGUUGCAAUCAAACGUACAGUUGUAUUUCAAUCAACCCCUGUGGAACCAACCGUUCCUACCCAGACUGUAUUCAAGCCCAUCUUUCCACCUGAACGGAUGCCAUCUCCACCUAAACCUAUUUACAGUGACCAGGAUAUUGCUCCCAUGCUUGAGGAACUUGUUGAAGAUGUACUCAAAGAAUACAGUAUGGAGCUCACUAAAGCGGGAGUUUCAUAUGUUUCUUUUGCCACGAGAGAGUCAUCUUUGCUUUCAGAUGGUCUUUUUACAGAUGUGGUCUCAGAAUUAACACAGAAGGUUGCAACGGAAGUAUUUCAAAUGGAGACUCUGAGGUUACAGGAUGAGAAACGUAGGAUAGAGGAAGAAGCCAGAUUAAAGCAGGAGAGGGAGAAGUUGUUGACUUCAAUAAGCAGUUCCCUGUGCAGAGAUUUACUCCACGAUGUUUUAACUAAAGAUAUCUACAGUAUUGCAAGUGAAGGACUGCAACAAGCUGUGCAGCUGGACCAUAGUGCUCGUAUUGCACGCUGUUCCCAGGAUGUGUGUGACCAAUAUCUUGGUCAGUUUCUUGAUGAGGAGAUGGUGCGGGUAGCCAGAGAAUCCCUACGUGAAAUGAAUUGUUACAGCAAAUAUAUGCAGAGAUGGAGAGAUGUUUUGGCUUCCCGAAAGAAACUGAGGCGCCAGAUGAGAGGGUUUCCUGCUGCUCCCGGUUCUGUGGCUCGUGAUGACAAACUGAAGGCAUUAAUUCCCAGUGCUACUUUAACCGUUGAUGUACAGAGCCUUGCCAAUGGAUUCUUAGACAUGGGGCAUGCUGGAAAACUAAGCGUGUCCAUCACCAGGCUCAUGCAGCUCCGAGAGCAGACUUUCCACAAAAUGAAAGUUCAACAUUAUUUUCAGGAGCUCCUGUGUGAUGCCGCAUGGUCUCCUUUGGAUUUACCUCCACUGAUUGUACAGCACCUUUCAUCAUGGAAAAAAUGUAUUUUUUGGAAGGUGGUUCUUAUUUUACCAGAAUAUGAUGAACCCAAUGACCCUAACUGCAUCCUUUCUGAGUGGUUAAAGGCAAAGUUCUACAGGAUGGAUAGUGAGGCCACACAGAACCAAGAACAGCAAAUACAGACACUAGCACUGUACAGCUCAUUGGAGAGACAUGGAGAGAGCUCUGUGUGUGUAAACGUGUGUGUAAAGGCAGUACAUGGGCCUAUCACUCCAUCUGAGUUGGAGCAAGCUGAGACUCAAAAACAGUUCUUGGGGACAAGUGGUGUUGUGUUCUUGUUGCCAACUCGACCCAAUGUAAAUGAUGAUGAGGAUGAUGUGUAUUGGAUCUCUGCAGUACUCCAGCUUAAGCAGCUUCUACAGGCAAAGCCGUUCCAUCCCCCACCUCCCCUUGCAGUUCUUGUACCUGGGCAGUGCCAAGACUUAAUGAGUGAAGUUGAAGAAGAACUGAAUCUUAAAGAUCUGGUUUCAUGUGGUCUACUCUCGGAGUAUGUAAUUCUCCCUAUCCCAGCUACUGUUAAUGACCUACAAGGUACAAAGAAGGUCUCUUCUGCCGUGCAGUUCCUUGUAUCCCACUGCCCUCAAUUCUUGGAGCUGCGUUCUCUCCCUUUGCGUCAAUACAUAGAGGAUGGUGUGUACAAUACCUUCAGCAAACACUUUCAUCAUGAUGCUUGUGAGCGCACAAAAGCAAAGCUGCCUCCACAGAAUCCUGCAGCCAUCAUUGAUCUCUACAACUGUGCUCUCUCAUUCCUGGCAAAGGCUGUGUCUUUAGAAUAUCUUUCUGACCUUUCUUGGCCAGUAACAGAGUUUACAUGUCCAAAAGGAAGCUCUUUAUUGCCCCAUCUGGGUUGGAACAGCCUCACACACCUCGCCUGGCUGAAACAGGUUGUGCUUUCCUUCCAGUUACCACAGAUGGACAUGCCACCUCUAGGGGCUCCCUGGCUUCCUGUUUGUUCUAUGAUCCUCGAGUACGUAAGUCAGAUUUGUAAGUACCGAAAGUCUUUGCCUGUCCUAAUCUCUGAGGUAAAACAUCUCCUGUGGAACGCUUACAAGUCUUGGGAAGAGAGUAAUGAGGAAGCAGAUGGGAUGGGACCUCCUGUACAAGAUAUUCCCUGGAAUGGAUUAAUAUCUCUUUGUAUCAAUCACAAAUUGCGAGAGUGGGAUUCGCCAUUGAGAUCCGAUAAAUCAGAUUCUAAGGAAGAACUGCUUAUAUACUUUUUGGAAGAAGAAUUAAGUAAUUUUACACCUCCUGAGACAUGGGAAAAUGCUCGACACAACACACUUCAGUUUCUGCAGCAGUCUAAUGACAGUUCCCCUGGACAAAGGUGGCAUUCUCGACAAACACCCAAGGCUGUGGGCUCACUUCAGUUUACUUUCAACAAAGAUGUGGAAGACAUGACAAUGGAUACAGAGACUGAUUACCAAAAAGCCCUUAGCAAGUUGAAACACACCAUAAAUGCUGAAAAGGAGGAAAGCCAAAGGUUUGAAGAAAAACUGCAGCACUUACUUGAAGAGAACGCUCUGGAAGAGUCUGCAUCUCUCUGCCUUCCACUUUACCUACCUGAGGCUCUACUAAAACCUUCAGGAAUUCUGCCAGAAGUAAUGGAUGGAAGUCUGUGUAUUGCCUCUUCAUCUCUAAAAAGUACUGCAUGUACGCCUUUCUUGCAAGAAUCGUUAAGAAAUGCUACUAUGUGUGUUAAAGAAAGUGUUAUGGAUAGAACACCACUAUCAGGCUCUUUAACAGACACUAUGGACGAACUACGCAGGCAGCUGAGAGUAAAUCAGCAGGAGGACAAGUCUUUUGAAAUGCACUUGAAGACGCUAUUGGAUGUGGGAGAACUUUAAGCAGAUAUUUGUUGCUUAACACAUGUUGCAGACAUAAAACUGCACCUAUCA